UGUGCAGUCUGUAUUGAAAAUUGGCAAAUUAAAAAAAAACUUGACAUUUUCUGAUUUGAUUCACAAUUUUUGUUUGCAGUGAAUUUUUACAACAAUCUCUGUGUUUUUCUAAACAAAUGUAGGAAUCCGUAGUCCCGGAGACUUUAAAUUACGGUAGUACCUCGAUUAAGACGUCAGGGUGUGCAAAAUUUCAUCAUGACAGAAACACGAAAAUUACAACUUCACCUUGGGAAAUGUAUAGAAGAUUUGGACAAAUUACACAAUGUACCAGAUUUGAAGUCAAAAAGAGCUAAUUUGUUAUGCAAAACAGCUCUAAAAUUAUUUGAAAGUGCUGAAGAGUCCCGUGAGAAGGGAGAUGAGGAGUACUCUUAUGUUUAUUACAUGAAAUACCUCCGGGUGAUAGCUUACAUCAGCAAGGACAAGGAGUAUCAGAAGGACAAGACUUAUUACAACAACAUGUUGGGCCCUAAGAACCCGAACAAGGCUAUAGACCAAGCUGAAAAACUUAAAAACAGCCUCAUAGACAGGUAUCAGCAAGAACAGAAGGAGAAGCGACUGAAUGAUAUAAAAGAGAAUGAGCUUAUAAAACAGAAGAUAGAUGAGAACAGAAAGAAAAUGGCCGAGGCUGCUCCCGUUAUAGAACCACCACAGCCACUCGGAUUACCAGGACCGGAUGAAGUGACCAUCAAGAGUGAGAUGUUGUACUCCAUCCUCAAGAACGGCCGGAUUAAGGUGAUGAUCCUGGAUGCGAGGCCAGGGAAAGAUUACAUCGAGUCACAUAUUAACUACCCUGCCUGCAUCAGUGUGCCUGAGGAAUGCAUCUCCCCUGGGCAAUCAGCGAACGUACUAGAACAGAACCUGCCGCCCGCGUCGCGGCCCGUGUGGGCCGAGCGCGCCAACAUGGAGCUCAUCGUCAUGCUCGACUGGAACAGCACCGCCGUCAUACCCGGGAAGACUCUACACCUGCUCAAGACUACGCUCCUCAAGUGGGACGUGAAGGUCCAGUACAGCCGCGCGCCGCUGGCGCUGCAGGCGGGCUACGAGGACUGGCUGCUCAAGUACCCCGCCGCCACCACCAACCCGCAGGCCGUGCCGCCGCGCCAGGACGACUUCAUGGACGACAUGCUCGGUGAGAUCGAGUACCCUAACUGGUCGGACCUGAGUCCGUCGGCGGCGGCGGCCCCGCCGGCUCCUCGUAAGCCCGGGGAGCCCGUCGUAGACCGGAGUAGUAAGGCGGCGGCGGUACAGAUGUACUCUGAGCGCGCGCGCAACAUGGCGCACAUACUGGAACAACAGGAACGGAUCGCCGACACCUCGCUCACGCUCGAGAUGCAGAGGAUCGAGGCUGAACAGGACUGGGAGAAAGUCCGCGAGCAGCGCGAGGCGGAGAUGCAGGACGAGCUGCGCGCCAUGUACAAGCUGCGGGAGCAGGAGAUUAUAUCGCAGCUCAUGCAGCUUGAGAACAAGCAGUACGACAUGGAACAAGAGAACCAGAGUCUCCGCGAGCAGCUGGAGGAGUACCAGCGGAGGGAGCGCGAGGAGGCUGAGAAGAUGGCGGAGAACAUCAGCGCCACCUCCGAGGACACUGAGGCAGCUGAUGCUGAAGAGCGCGCGGUGGCGGCGGCGGCGGCGCGCGAGCUGGCGGCGGCGCGCGCGCGCAUCGCGGCCGUGACGCUGCAGCGCCGCCAGCUCGACCGCACGCGCGAGGCACUCGAGCUCGAGCGCAAGCGCAAGCUGCAGCACGCGCGCAUCAACAAACCAGACGCGCACAAACCCAGCCACGAUGAAGAUGGUGAUUCGUACAUGAUGUCGCCGGAUAGUCCGGGAGCCGCCGGCCUAAAUAGAUCGCACUCCUCGCCUAAUAUCGCUAAGGUAUCCUCAGAUGAGGAAGAGCCUUGCGUACCAGCGUUCGACAGGAGCACGAAACCGACCAAGGUGGCGCCCUCUAGCGACCUGCACCAGAGGGACUUCCAACCUGUUUGGGGAGAUGUGGGUCGAGGACUGACAGGCCUGAAGAACCUGGGCAACACGUGCUACAUGAACUCCAUCAUCCAGUGCCUCAACAACACCGCCAUCCUCGUCACCUACUUCUGCAACGGACAGUAUCUGGAACAUGUCAACAGGUCCCACAGCACUCGCGGCGCGAUAGCGGAGGAGCUGGCGGCGGUGGUGCGCGCGCUGUGGUCCGGACAGUACCGGUUCAUCGCCACCAGGGACCUACGGAACGAGGUGGGCAAGCACCAGCGCGCGUUCCGCGGCUGUGAGCAACAGGACUCGCACGAGUUCCUCACCAUCCUCAUGGACUGGCUGCACCUCGACCUGCAGUUCUCCAUCAACGUGCCGCAACACAAGGUCAGUCACACUCCACUCAUGGACUAUAGGGACUCGCACGAGUUCCUCACCAUCCUCAUGGACUGGCUGCACCUCGACCUGCAGUUCUCCAUCAACGUGCCGCAACACAAGGACACCCUGCCCCCCUCGGAGAAGGCGUGGCACGAGUACACGAAGUCGAAGGAGAGCCUGAUCCUGCGGCUGUUCUACGGGCAGAUCAAGUCCACGGUCCGCUGCACGGUCUGCGGCAAGCAGAGCGUCACGUACGAGUCCUUCUCCAACCUCUCGCUCGAACUGCCCGCCAACGCCAACCGCUGCUCACUCAGUGAUUGCCUAAAACUAUACCUGAACGACGAGACGAUACCAGGUUGGAACUGUCCCAACUGUAAAGAGAAGCGAGACGCGCUGAAGAAGCUGGACAUAUCGCGGUUACCGCCCGUACUCGUCAUCCACUUCAAGCGGUUCUACGUGGACCCCAAGGAGUACAUGUGCAACGCGUACCGCAAGAAGCAGACGUACAUCGACUUCCCGCUGGAGGAGCUCGACAUGCGACACUUCGCGCACUGCGGCGGGCCCCACGCGUACAACCUGUACGCCGUGUCCAACCACUACGGGUCCAUGGAGGGCGGACACUACACCGCCUACUGCAAGAGUAGUGUCUACGGCAAAUGGUACAAGUACGACGACCACGUGGUGACGGAGAUCCCGCCGAGCGAGGUGAAGUCGAGCGCGGCGUACAUCCUGUUCUACUCCACGCGCGCCUCGUGAUCCGCGCCGCGCCACAAGCGCAAGCACCCCGACACCGCGCCCCCGGCGUCCGCGCCGUCCGCGCCCGCGCCCCCGCCGCCCCCGCCCGCGCCCUAGCCGCGCUCGUGGCCCGCGUGUAGUACUGUAUACUAGUGCCAGUACUCGGCCGACAUCUUACAAAAGACAAUGGGACUCUUACAUUACGAUGAUGCAACGAUUCAGUCAGAAUCCACUGCGAGCGGUCCACACAACUCUCGGCUGAAUCUAUCUCGAUUAAAUUUAUAAUUAAGGCGUUUGAUUAGCGCAUAAUUCACUCAAGUAUGGUUGGUAAAGUAUUUUUACAAUACGACUCGUUUACAGUGGAUUCUCACUCAGUAAUCCUAUAGCAAGUAUUUAUAUAUUUAUUUAAAUAUUUAAUCUACAAUAUAAAAUUUACAAAUAACCUUAAAAUGUUAGUUGAACAGGUACCAAUUCUGUGAAUACAAACUAAAGCUUUUUUAUGUUCCUAGAAUUGGGGCCUUGACAUAAAUAUGUAUGCAAUAUAUCACAUGGUUUUUAUGAAAAACCACUAAAGAUCUGUUUCAACACCUCCGGGCAAGAUUUGAAUAAUGUUAGAUAAGGUAACACCAUGUAUGUAUAGUCAGUAUGUGCAAUGUGAUUGGUGCGGAGGUAGCGAGAUAGUGACCGAGGUAACUACACGUUACGUGGCACACUGCGAACCAUACCUCUAUCUCACUCUUACACCUAUAGAAAAACAAGCGUGCGAGUGAGACAAAGGUAAAGUCUGCUACACAACGUGCACUUACCUCGAACUAAAGCUUAUAGUUGUAAUAUGAUUGAUGUAUAAACUACGCCUUGUACAAAUAGCUUUCCAUGUUACGAUGACAUAGAGGUAAUAUUUCAUUAAUUUAUUGUAAUAUUUUUAGUUUCUUUUAUUCUUAAUGUUGCAGUUGUAUUUUUUUACUAUUCUUCAAUUUCAACUAUGGAGCGACAAAGUUGCUUUAUAGUGUCUUCUUUAACUUUUUUUCGUCUUUUAUAUAAAUGGCAAUAUAGCUUGAUCGCUCUGAAGUUAGACGCAAUGUGUUUGUAGCAUACUUCAGUCCGGUCAAGUUGUGUUGUCGUUGCUGUUCAGUUAGCAACGACUGCAACGUGUGAUGCGGCGCACGUACCUUGUACAGUCCACGCCGGGCAGGGAGCCAGCACUAGUGUAGUAGGCGACAGUAGGCGACUGUACAUGAGGACACUGACAUUAAAAUGUCGUCAGAGUAUGAAUGAUAUUCGUGAAUGAACACUUAAUGUUUAUGAAUGAAAGACUGAACAUGAUUGGUAUUGUACCUAGAUGUAUUCCAUGUUUGUAUUGCACGUGUCAUGACCGCUUGUUUCUCUGUAACUGGUGACUUAGCAAUUUGGUAACUCGAGUCAAUAUGGACAUUUUAUAUACAUUAUAUAGCGUUUGUAUGUACAUAUAUCUAAUCCAAGGACGAGACAGCUGUCGAAUUUACGCCAAUUUAAUUAUUAAGACAAUUUAUUACUGACAAUAUGAUGAUCUAAGGUCGCUGUUAAGGCAGGAGUACAUUGCUGCGGCGUGACGUGUCGUGUCGCGUCCGAAGCAUAUCGGUGUCAUACAUUCGCUACGGUUCGAGACAUACAUGUUUAUAGAGUCACGUCGCUUGUAAUGUAUUUCUGCCUACACAGCAUUCUAUGAACGCCUUACUUAUUCGUUUAUAAUUUCGGCAUUGGAUCAUCACUUGGAUAAAGUAAUUUGGUAUAAAGUUAGUCAUUUAAACAGUCAAUAUAAAUAAAAUAGGGAAUUUGUAAAGCUCUGCCUACCCUUCGGAUACAGAGUACGAUUGACUAUUAUAAUCGAUGUACUCUUACCCACUAUGUAUGUAACUACUUGAAUUUACUUGUACCGAUUUAGUUUGUUUCGCUAAUUCACCAGAUUUCAUUAAUUAAUAGCCAGUGUACGCAUUAUGAAUAAUGACAUCACAAUAGGGAUGGUGACGACAUAUUUAGUGCUAUCAGUCAAAUAAUUAAUGAACAUUAGGGCCGAAUUUUCAAUCCACAUAACCAGAUGUUGCCUGCGACUUCCUUUCUACUUCUUUACAUCAGCUACCUAAGUACCUAUCCGUUCGUCGUCGUUCGUACCCCCAAAAGUCCCAUCAAAAUCGGUCCAACCAUUCUAGAGAUUCGCCGGAACAAACAGACAGACAAACAAAACAUGAUAUUUUGGUGUGUGUAUCGUAUGUAUAUUUAUAUGUACCUAUGCAGUAAUCAAAAGCGGUUAUUUCAAUAUUACAAACAGACACUCUAAUUUUAUUUAUUAGUCUAGAUUGACGUCUGGCAGCUUUUGUAUAGAUAAACUCAAAAUAAAAGUAUUCUUCCGAUAAAGUUAUGUAGCGUUGAAAAAAUCGGCCCUCAGAUACAUAGUUGUUGUCUACAAAGACGCAAUGAUAUAUUUUAUAACCAGUACGUCUUCAUGAAAAUUGAAAAAUACAUGUCUAAUAUUUUUGAUAAAUCUAGCAGGACUUUAUAGAAUAUUAAUUCAUCAUCCCUAUUUAUGUAACUAUAGAUCUCAAUAUAACUUACAUGCUAUAAAAGGUACCACAAUUGCUUUUGAGAGCUUGUAUUUCCAAAAUAUGUAAAGGUACUAGGUCUCACUAGGUUUUUGAACUCAUAAUGUGUACACUCUUAAUUUAGAUUCGCAGCAGUUUGCUGGGAUCUGUCUCAUUAACUAAAUUCUUCCCCCAUCUCGGACAUGUGCCAUUUGCAAUGAUUUCCAUAAAAACAUUACGAUUUGGUCUCGAAAAACAAUUUUUGUUAUAACUGUUGUAUGAACAUUUGUAUAUAGCAUACAUUAAUGGUUUAUUGUAUGUAAAAUAUAUGUAAGACAAACUUUAUUAAAUUCUUUGUUAAUAUA